AUGAUGAAGGAUGGGGUGGAGCCCAACGCAUUUACUUACUCAUCCACUUUGAAAGCAUGCGCCCAGCUAGAAACCGUUCUGCACGGGAAAUUGAUUCACUCAUCUGCAAAUAAAAGUCCUACCAUGUCUAAUGUUUUUGUGGGUAGCACUUUGAUUUCUAUGUGUGCAAAAUGUGGCUAUGUAACGGAGGCAUUUCAAGUUUUUUACAGCAUGCAAGAACGGAAUUUGGUUUCUUGGAAGGCUAUGAUAGUGGGUUAUGCAAAGAAUGGUCUCUACCAGGAGGCUAUGAAGCUCAUGCAUCAUAUGCGAACAGAGGGUUUUGAGGUGGAUGAUUACAUUAUUGCCACUGUCCUUAUUGCAUGUGGAGACCUCAUUUUUUUUUAA